GUGUAUCAGCACUUCAGCACUCAGUCCCAGUGCGUCCUGCUCCAGAGACACAAGUAACACGCACGCACACACACACACACACACACACACACACACACACAGCUGCUUCUUCCGCCCUGCGCUUUGCAGUAACAGUAGACAGGAGUUCCCGACGGGUCUUUUUCAGUUUGUUCUCUGGCUUGAGGCGUGUAAAGAGUGCUGUGUUUUGGACUUUACGGUAUGCUGGGAGCCGUGAAGAUGGAAGGACACGAACACCCGGACUGGAGCGCUUAUUACGCAGAGCACGAGUGUUACACCCCAGUUGGAAACAUGGGCGGUGGGCUGAAUUCAAUGAGCGCCUACGUGAGCUGCGCGAGCGGCGUGAGCGUGCCCUACAUGCACGCGGGCCUCGGCCACCCAACUAGCGGCACGUGCACGGGGCUGGCACCGAGCGCGAGCCCGACCUCCGCUCACGCCCUGGCCGCGUCCUACCCGAACCUGAACUCGAGCGCGUGCGGCCAGGUGGGCAGUGGCAGGCCACGAGACCCCAAAGCGUACAGACGGAGCUACACGCACGCCAAGCCGCCCUACUCGUACAUCUCGCUGAUCACCAUGGCCAUCCAGCAGUCCUCAUCCAAGAUGCUGACGCUAAACGAAAUCUACCAGUGGAUCAUGGAUCUAUUCCCGUUUUACCGACAAAACCAGCAGCGCUGGCAGAAUUCAGUUCGCCACUCGCUCUCCUUCAAUGACUGCUUCCUUAAGUUGCCCAGAUCACCCGAUAAACCGGGUAAAGGCUCCUUCUGGACUCUUCACCCCGAGUCGGGAAACAUGUUUGAAAACGGAUGCUAUCUGAGAAGACAGAAACGCUUCAAAUGCGAAAAAUCCGCGGACAAACCCACGGAGUCGGAGAGCGGCAAGAAAACGCACAGUGACAAAGAAUCAUCUCCGACUAGAGACAUGAAAAGUCCCGAACUGAAAGAUGUUACAAAAACGCAAGCUUUAAGUCCAGAACACCAGUCACACCAUCAGGACCAUCAUCUGGAUGAACAUCACCAUCAACUUCACCAUCACCAUCAUCAUUCUUCCCAUCUUCUCUCUCAGCAUCACCGGGUGCUUGUGCACGAAUCGCACCUGAAACCUGGACACCACUCCUACUCCUUUGAUCACCCGUUCUCUAUCCACAAUCUGAUGUCUUCUGAGCAGCAGCAGCACCAAAAAAUGGACAUGCUGAAGCCCUAUGAGCACCCCAUGCACUGUUCCGGUGGAUACGGAUCACCAAUGACUGGUCCUUCGAUGCCCCCGAUGAUGUCAGCGAGAAUGAGUGUGGAGCCUUCAGCUCUACCCUCGGAGUAUUCUUACUACCCUGUGUCCGCGUGCACCAACAGGGCUUAAAUAAUCUGAAUCAUAUCUAAAACGGUUACAAAUGGGUGUGAACUUAAAUGCGCCAAUUUAAAAAAAAUACAUUGUGAAGUCAAACGCAUGUUUUCAAAAUUAUCUGCAAUGCAUUUCAACAAAAGAAUGCGCACAAAAUAAUAUUACAAAUAACAAAAAUAUCUGCAUAAACGCAUCAUCUUGAUCCAAGACUUCUAUUUUCUAUACUGGAUAUACAAAAUUCUUCCAUGCUGUUCUCAAGAUAUUGAAUCGGAUUUUAUGAUGGAUUACAAAAAAAAUAUCCAAAACUUCCAUGAGUCUAAUUUUCCAUGAGAGAGAAAAUAAAUAGAAGAGCAUCUAGUCAUUAUCUUUGUGUUGUUUAUACUGUAAUUUAUAAUUGUUCAAUUUGAUUGUGUAUAUGAAUGUAAUGCAGUUAAGAUGUCAUUAUUAAAUUUCACACUGAAAUAUGAUCCCUAUUGUCUACUCAGCGUCUGUUUUUGUAAUGGUUACAAAUAUCUUUAUUUCAGGUUUUUACUUUUAUUUUAAAUGUGAAUAGGGAUGCUGGUAAAAAUGAUCCACAAGCAUUACUUUUUUUUUUUUAAUUGAAUGUACAUUUAAAUAAAUGUAGCAAAUAAU